AUGUCAACCUGUUCAGGGUGUGGAGGUUCUAAUCUUGAAGCGGAUUCUUCUUCAGGUAUUACUUAUUGUAUUUCCUGUGGAAAUGUGAUUGAUGAAAAUGUAAUUGUCUCUGAAAUUACAUUUGGUGAAGCGUCUUCAGGUGCAGCUAUAGUUCAAGGAUCUUUUGUCGGUGCUGAUCAGACUCAUGCACGUGCUAUUGGUCCUUACCGUAAACAGAAUUCAUUGGAAUCUAGGGAACAAACUAUAACUAAUGGGCGUCGAAGAAUUAACGCAUUAGCAGCUGCAUUGCAUUUGUCAGAGAGACAUGCUGAAACGGCUGUUCGUUAUUUUACUCUUGCAGUUACACAUAAUUUUAUUCAAGGCCGUCGAUCACAAUAUGUUAUUGCAUCUUGUUUAUAUAUAGUAUGUAGAUUAGAAAGGACAUCUCAUAUGCUUAUUGAUUUUUCCGAUAUUCUUCAGAUUAAUGUUUUUACUCUUGGUUCAACAUUUCUUAAAUUAGUGCAAAUUCUUCAUAUUACUCUUCCAUUUGCUGAUCCAUCUCUUUAUAUAACGAGAUUUGCUGCUCUUUUGGAAUUUGGAGCAGAAACUCAUAAAGUUGCUACUGAUGCCAUUAGAUUAGUUCAGAGAAUGAAUAGAGAUUGGAUGCAGACUGGUAGAAGACCUGCUGGAAUAUGUGGUGCAUGUCUCUUAAUAGCUGCACGUAUGAAUAAUUUUCGUCGAAGUGUAGAAGAAAUUGUACAUAUAGUUAAAGUUGGUGAUCUUACUGUUCGAAAAAGAUUAGAAGAGUUUAAAACAACUGCAUCUGGUGAUUUAACAGUUCAAGACUUUAGAACUAUAUGGCUCGAACAAACUCAUGAUCCGCCUUCAUAUCUUCAAGGAAGAAAGAAAGAACGAAGGAAAAAAGAUAUUGAAACUAUAGAGCUUUUGAAUAGUCAUAAGGAGUAUGAGACAGAGGCAUUAAAUACUGUUACAGGGAAUCAGUAUUCUAGUAAAAAGAUUUUACUGCCGUUGAAAUUAGUGGAUUCAGAUGAUCUUGUUGCUGAAUUAGAUGACAAUUUUUUGAAGGGUGAGAUGGAAUCUGUAUUACAAGAUAGAAAUGUUCAGAAAAUGUCUAUCGCUAUUCAAGAAUCUAAGAAAUCUUCUGAUAAAUGUUAUGAAACUCUUUCUGAUAUGGACGAUGAUGAAAUUAACCAGAUUAUUUUGAGUGAGCCUGAGGUUUUGGCAAAAACUCAAGUUUGGAUGGAACUAAAUAGGGAAUAUCUUGCUGCUCAAGAAGCGAGACGUUUGAAAUUAGAAUCUGAUCUUAAAGCUGGUAUUGGACGUCAGACAAAAAAGCGUAAAAAACGUAAACCGAGAGAUUCCAAUAGUAUAAAUCUGCCAUCUACACCAGUAGAAUCUGCAAAAAAAAUGUUACAACAACGAACAUUUUCUAAGAAAAUCAAUUAUGAUGCUUUAAAUUAUUUAUUUGAGGAAUAG